CUCGGCCAGGGGGCUGUCCGUCGCCGAGUGUAAACAAGGCGCUGAUUGGCUGUCGUCCAGUCCGCACUGGGCCGCCCGAAAAAAGCAAUUACUGGCUCCGCGGUUUCAAGGCCGCCCCGGGCCGCUCGAUGAAAGGAGAUAAGCCGGGGACCGUUUCCAGGUUCCCCGCGGGCCGACCCCGGCAGCCCGGGAGCCGCGGCGCGGCCGAGAGCCCGCGGAUCAAAGGCGUCGGCGGGGAGAGGGGGCGCGGGCGGCCGGCGCUGACCUGGGGCGGGGGCCCCGGCCGCCGGCGGGGACUCCGGGGUUUCCCGCCCGCCGGGAGGGGAGCGCGGGGUGCGCAGGAACCUUUGUACGAGAGGGGGACUGCAUGGAGAGCGCGCCCGGGACCCCCAGCGCCUCCGAGCCCCCGCCCGUGCGCUCCAGCGCGGCGCCCGGACCGGCCUGCAGGCCGCGGCGAGCGGGCGCCCGCGCAUUCGUCGUCCCCGCCGCCCGGCGCUGCGCGUGUUUCUAAUUUCAGAGGAACGCGGCGCGGGGAGCUGCGGACCCGCUCUCCGCGGGCGGAGGACCCGGGCGGGGCGGCGACUUCCGGCCGCGUUCCCAGCCGAGAGGGCUCCGUGGUGGGGCUGGGUCCGCGGACACUCCGGGAGCAGCCCGGGGGCGCGAGCCGGCGGGAGCCGAGCGCAGGCCGUGCCCAGGGCAGCAGACAAGCGGGCGCCGCCCGCGCCGGGCAGGCCCCCUGCACCUCGCCCCGCCUGUGCGCGGGGCUCACGCGGGAGUCACAGGUGCGUGGCCGCGCGCACACAAAGCCUCGGAGGAGACUCCAGACCGCCUUCCCGCUCGCAGCCCGGACGCCCCUGCACCCCCAAGCCUCUCCCAGCCCUGGAGCCCCCUCGGCCGCUCCUGGGCACAGCAGCGCGGCCCUGGCCACCGGGAAAUCGUCAAGUAAAUAAUCGCAUUUUAAUAGGAGGCAGUGGGGGCCUUCCCCGAAAUCCAGCCGCGCUGGGAGCCGGCCCCCGCCAUUGUUCCCUGGGCCAUUAGUCAAAGGGCAAAUUAGAAACAAUUUCUUGAAGACAAAACCUGCGUCUUACUUCUUCCCACCAGGGGUACAGAGGGGUAAUGGGUGCUGAGGCUGGGGGCACGGGUGGCCAGUGGGCUGCGGCCUGCCUGGGAACUGAGCCGUCCGGGGCACCUGGGACCCAGGUCCACGGGAGGGAGGGGGUGCCCCAGCCCGAGGGAGGGGUUCUAGGUCCCAGGAGCCACCCGCUGCAGGAGCUUGGGGGUGGGGGGAGCAGGUCCGCCCCCACCCCAGCCUGGGGGCUAGGGCCAUAGAAAGCCCUGGCCCUGGCCGAGCAGUGCCCAGCGUCGCUCCCCGGGCUGACCAGCUCAUCCUGGACGGGACUGUAGACCGCCCCUGCCCCAGCCGGGCUGUGGCUGGAUGGAAAAGCCCCCAGGACCCUCAGAGGUGGAGAGGCCCUUGUCCUCUGCUGGUCUGCUUUGGUCACACAGCGCCCUAGGGAGGCCCCGUGCCCCGGGGAUCCCCCUCCCCCGGCACUCCCCAGGGGUGGGGGGCAUGGGCGGGCCUGCAGGACAGGCCGUGCGGACCUGGCUGGUAGUAGGCUGAGCCGGGAGCCUUUGAAGUUGGACACACAGCUUCCCGGCCGCGCCCUCGUGGAGUGGAGUUUGUGUUGCUGGUUUCGUCCAACCAGGUCAGCCCAGCCCCCUCCCGCUCGCCUGCUUGUUAAACGCGGAGGCAUAAUUUGUGGCUAAAUAUAAGGCCGCAUGUUCACAGGAGCGCCUGACCAGGGCGCCCCUCGCAGGGUAGCGGCAGGGCCGUCUGGGUUCACUUGAAGCGGCUGACAUAAAGGGCAGAAGGCCCCCCCCCCCAGCCCGGCCCCUGGAUUAGUGACGUGUGACCGGCCCGGUGGCCGGGGCCAAAGGAGGUGGAAAUGCCCAAGACCCCAGGGCUGCGCAAGGAUUUCCCCCACCGCGCCCCAUGUCCUGUCCCUGGGGAGACCCCCACGGUCCCGGGGCGGCCCCUGCCCCACCAUCAGCAGUGGGUCCUGCCGGGUCUGGGGGUGGGGCCCGGGGUUGGCCUUGGGGUCUGCCUGACGGAGGAGCUGGUCCCUCGCCAGGGGCUCCCUCGAGACAGCCUCCCCACCGGCCCAGUUAGCAAGUGCAGGGCCACCUGCCUCUGCCCCUGCCGGACCAGGCCCGGCUGUGGAGGAAGCGUCUGGCGGGGGUGGGGGUGGCUGGUCCCAUGCGGAAUGCGGGAGAGGAGCCCAGGGGCUCGUGCGGCCCUGCACUGGCCUCCCGGUGCCUGGUGCCUGCUGAGCAGAACGGAAGACGGGACACACAGACCACCUCCUCCCCAUCCCCCUCCCCCUCCUCCACUUCCUUCCCCUCCCCCCUCCUCUUCCUCGGCAUUUCCGGGGACUGCAGUUCUUGGCCUGGUUACCUCCAGCACUUAGGGACCAAAAAUAAACCAUCCAGGGAGCGCGGCGGGCGGGGCCCACCUGACCCCUGAGUGCAGCGGGGGCCGACCACCUGACCCCCGAGUGCCGGCCGCCCGCCCGCCCCUGCGUCUGGUGAGCAGGGCAGCUGCCCCAUUAAAUGAGAAAUUGUCCAGCAGGUCUGGCUUGUUCCUGGCCUACACGGACGCAUGCACCCCGACUCACGGUGCAGCCGUCCCAGCCGGGCGGGGAAGGGCCCCCGAGGGCGGCGGCCAGGACCCCCGCGCCCCCGCGUCGUCCCCAGCCCGCGCUCCAGCCGCCGGCGCGGACCUAGGGUUUCCUUUCUCGGGAACUGUUUGCUCUGCCUCUUUUUUUUUUUUUUUUUAAAUAGGACUUUUCCGUGGAAGCAGCCUCGUGGGGGGAACGUAGGAAAAGCCGCCCGAGCCCCUGGGUGGGAGCCGGGAACAAAGGCCCGGCCGGGGCGCGGACGGGACCCGCGUCCGGAGAAUGCGCAGCCCACCUGCCCGCCCGGGGCGCCCGCACCGCGAAAUCAGGGCCCGGGGAAGCGCCCGGCUCCGCCACAACGGGGCCCGGUGACGUUAAACAAAACCGAUGGAGGCCAGCGAGGCCGAGCCUCCUUCCCCGCGCCGCGGCUCCCCGCGCCUGCUGACCCCGAACACGGCGCCGCCUGCCCUGUGCCGGUGUCCGCUCGGCGGGGUGGGUGGGCGCUGCACCGCGGCCACCCCGGCCUGGCUCCUGCGGCCCGGCCGAGCGCAGGGCGGGCUUUCUGCAGGUGGGGCCCGGGGCUGCUGGGUGUGGGGACCUGUUGGGAGGAGCCCCUGGCCGGCUCCGCGCCCCUGCUGGGGGGCCAACACAGCGUGUCAGACCCUCGUUCUCACCCAGGGUCUGGGGGCUCGGGUCACGCCCGGGGCGGAGGUGCCCGGGCGGCCUCCAGGCGCGGCUCCUGGAGGCUGCGGCCCGUGGACGAGAGGCCGGCAGGGCUCUGACCCUCGGGCUCGGGUUCAACAACCGGCGCUCACGCGGGCUGCUGUCCGCGCCACUCCGAGGUCCGCCCCGCCCCCCUCCCCCGCCCCGCAGGCCCCCUGGGCGGGGCUGGGGGCUCCCGGGACGUCUGACCCGGUGCCUGUGAUGUCAGGCUAGAGGAGCGGACACAGCUGGGGAGGCAGAGAAUGGGGUCCUUGUGCCACUGUCAUCGGCCCCGGGCUUCCGUGAACACGGCUUUGUCCGCACCCACACCCCGUGGUGGCCACGGGACGGGGGCCUCAGAACAAGAGCCGCUUUGGGGCCUGGGUUAACCCCUGAGUGGGUGCUGUGUGUGUGCCUGGCGCCUGGGGGCAGGCGGGGGAGGGGUGGCCUUGCUUUGGAGUCCGGGUCUGAGGCGGCUGUGUGAGCCCCACUUUUGUACCGGAAUAGCGGGGGGGGGGGGGGCUGCUGGCAGACACGGUGGCCCCCACCCCAUUCUGCCCCUCCCGCGCCGGGCCCAGCUGACCACACAGUCCGACCUGGUCUGGCUUCUGCUUGCACUGGGCGUCCAUCGAGUUUGUCUAACCGAGGAGGUCCCCCCUACUGGGGAGACCCCAGGCCCCGAGUGGAGGAGGAGGUGAGGCUGGGGGCACGGAGGGACCCCCUCAGCCAUCACGGGCGCUUCCUGGGGCGGGGACCGGGCAGGAAGGGGUCCUCGUGCACUGCCUGUGGGCAGUGGGUGGCAGCGCCUGGUCCAGACCCUCCUGCGCCCGGGGAAGACCAGCUGGGCCGGGCACAAGGGCCGGGGUCCUUGGCCGUGUUUCUGUGCUCAGAGCCCCUUCUGCAGAGCGCGCACUGUGUCAUCAGAUAUGAGACAAAGCACCCAGGAAACACCACCCUCGCCGUGUCCCGGCCUGCAGGCAGCGGCUGUGUCGGGGGUCCUGUCCCUCCCUGCCCACGGGCCCCGCAGUGGUCUCUGAUGGCCCUGGGCUGCCGCCCAUGCCGUACAGACCCCUGUGGCUCCCCACGUGCCCAGGCCGUGAGUGGCUGCACCCCUGCUGCGCGGGGCACCUGGCCAAGGGAGGUGUGGGGUGCAGGGCCUCUUGCCAUCCCGGCUGCCUGGCUUUGAGCCAGCCGCCUGACCCUCAGCGCUGCGGCACCCCUGCCCUGGGCUGAGCCCUGAGGACUUCAAGCGGAGGGCCUGGUGACAGCUGCGCUCCAGGGGUCACACGGGCCGAGGUGGCCUGGAGCCUCAGGCCCCUGGGGGCUGGUCACCUGCUCUCUGGACCAGUAGCAAGAGCUGGGCACUGAGAGCCCCCAGGUGCAGCAGGAAGCCCCGGCAGUCGCCGCUGGGCCACCUGGGCAGCAGGAAGCCGAGCCGCCGAGGGCCCAGCUGCCCGGCCCCAGAACCUGGAGAGAGGCGGGGUUUGGGCCCUGAUGGGCAGAGCCUCCAUCAGUGGCCCUGGGGACCCUGCAGAGCGCUGGGCCCUCGCAGCCCCACCCACCCCCACCUCACAGACCCCACUGCCCUGCCAGCGUGGCCCUGCAGGCUCCCGCCCCUGGAAGGCCUCUCAGGAGGGGUGCCUGGGAGAGAACAGGGUGGGGGACAGGCGGACGACCCUCUGUGAAUAAAACCCAAGGUCCAGAGGUCAGAGAUUUGGGGUGGAAACUCAGACCGAAGGCUGGGUCCCUGUGCCACCUGCCAGCCACGUGGGGACCGGAGGCUGGCCCUGCACCCUUCCCCCCCCACACAGCUCCUCACAGCACCCAGGCCCCAGGGACAGCUGCACAGGGGGCCCAGGCCGGGGACCUCCCCACCUCCACAGGCAAACGCUUCCCGACCCAGGAGCCACAGGGAUCGAGACCAGGCUUCCUCCGCGAGCCGCCCACGUCUGGGUGGUACCCUCCGUCCCGCCUCUGCCCAGCUCUGCCCGAGACCUUGGGGCUGCCCUGCAGUGGGUUGAAUGGCGCCUCCACAGCUCCGUCUACGGGGACCCCAUGACUGUGACCCUCCCUGCAAAGGGAGCUCGGCAGGUGCCACCGAGGCCGUCCGUGACAAGUGUCCUCCUGAGGACAGACCCUGCAAUGGGGCCACAGGCGGGAACACCCACGCCACCCGGGACGCUGACCGCCAGCUUCCCCUCCGUCCCGGCCCCUCCCCUGCCCCCUCAGAUCCCGGCGUCGCCCCACGGUGUUUCCUGUCCCGGCCCGGCCAGACCAGGGUCCCAGAGGGGCUCCUUCCCAGAUGUCCUCUCUGUCGCCCGCUGCUCUGCCCCAGCCCCCAGCCAGGCAAACCUGGAACCUGGGCGGACCCUGAGGGGGGCCGGGCUGCAGGACCGUGGCCGAGCUGGCCGCGUGGUGCUCUUUGUUGCCAGGUGUGCGGGGGAGGAGGUGAGGACGCACCUGCCCGCCUCACUUCUGGCCUUCCGAGGAGACCGGGAGGUUUCCAGCCCCAGAGGAGGCCAGGCCGGGGCCACAUGAGGACGGAGCAGCUGCGAAGAUGGCCAGGCCCAGCCGAGCAGGACAGCGAGGGGCAGGGGAGGCGACAGCCUUGGAGCCGGCAGAGGCAGCCCCGCAGGCCUGGGGUGUGGAGUCCGGGGGCUCGGUGUCUUGUCCCUGGGAGACUGGCCACCCCAGGGGUCAGGGCCGGGUGGCAGGUGGGAGGGUUCCUCUGCCCUGGGGACGCGCGGUGCUGGGCUGAGGUCCUUGCCCACCUUUCCUGCUGCUGUCCCCCACCCUGGCCCCAGCUUCCUUUCUAUAGCUCGGGCUGCAGGAGUCCAGCUGGGGCCUGGCGGGGAGGGCGGGGGAUGCUGGGCAGCCACGGGAGCAGAAAGCCGAGACCUCCCUGGGUGACCGGUGAGGCCGCGGCCGUCAGAUGCUGCGAGACGGGGAGAUACAGACGGGCACCAGGCCUGUGGCUAGGCCCUAUCCAGGGCCCCCUGGAGCGCCCCGGCCAGCCCCUGGGGUCCCCUGUCUUGACACCUGCCGGCACGUUCUGCAAGGGGGAAGCGGGGAGCCCCUGGUUCGAAGACUGCGAAGGAUUUAAGGGCCGGACUCGGGCACUGCGGGUGUGUGUGCGCAUCCGUGUGCACACGUAUGUUCUCCCAAGCACCUGCUCUGCCCGCGGGCUCCCCUCAGCUCGGGUCUCGGGGCGUUGCCUUCUCAGUUAAGGUGCCAACACCUGUGCCGUGCACCGCGCCGGGAGCUGUGUGAUCCAGCCGCGCAGGUCCCCCCGCCCGCCCCGCGCCCUUCCUGUCUUCCUCCUGAUUUUUAUUUAUUUAUAACAAAUAAAGAGAGAGACGCAGCUUC